CACCUAAGUGAAUAUUCACUCUUUUUGCCUGCAGCUCGAGUUACAGCGCACUCUUCCUCUGGAACUUGAAGGACUCGGACGCAUAAAUGGAUUUCAUUAACUUAAGACUACCCUUGCUCUUAGUGUCAGCACUUGUGUGCUGCUCAGCAAACCUGCUACCUAGUGACACGGUGAAAGGUGUAUCGGGAAAGAUGGUCAAGUUCAACACAACCUUAGAUACUUCUCAAGGAUACCUGACACUUAGCUGGAAUUUCGUCGUCAAGGGUGAAGGGAUAAAUAUCUUGACGGCCACACAAAAAACGGUAAAAAUUGUCGAUGCCUACAAGGACCGAGUCAAGGUGAAUGAAACCACCGGCAUGAUGGAACUUGGACCUCUAACUGCCGCUGACAGCGGAAACUACCAGUUGACCGUUGUCACAAUGGAUGUAGUGACACUUACAGGAGAUACGGACCUCGAAGUGCUGGUGCCGGUCGCUGACGUGACCAUCACCGUUGACCCAAUUGAGGCGGUUGAGACCAACAACUCAGUGGUGCUGACCUGCACGGCCAAAGGCUCCUUCCUGAAGUAUACCUGGCUCAAUGGCACGGUGCCGGUUGUGGCCGACGGCAAGAGGCUGGUCCUGAACCCGGCCGGCAACAUUCUGAGUGUGAAGGAUGUCCAGCGCUGGGACCUCGUGGGGCCGAUCUACUGCCGCGCUGGCAACGACCUGGAGGUGGAGAGGAGCAGCGCCUUCAACAUGACCGUCAGCUAUGGCCCUGAAGACGUGGUCCUCGUGCAGACACCUGUGGCCGCGGUCUUCGGCAAGGGUGCCAACGCGAGUCUGUCCUGCUCGUCCACGUCCAGCCCGGCCGCCACCUACCAGUGGCUGCAGAACGGCGUGGUCAUGAAGGAUGCCACCUCCAUGUCCAUGAGCUUGGAAAACCUGAAGGAGAAGGACGGCGGCAACUACACCUGUCUGGCCUUCAAUGCGAAGACCAAGCGCUACACAGCUUCCGACACUGUCAUUUUCACUGUGAUAGAGGCCAUUAAGGGAACCAAGAUCACCAGAGAGGGGCCUGACACCCCCAUCGUCGCCAAGAAGAGCAACAUCACUCUCACCUGCAAAGCAGAGGCCGGCAUGGUCGCAUCCAAGUCGUGGACGAAGGACGGCGUGGAUCUAACCUCCACCGACCGGGUGGUCAUCUCCAAGCAGAAGGACCAGCUGACCAUCCCGCUGGUGCAGAGGGAGGACGCCGGCGUGUACAAGUGUGAGCUGAAGAAUGCGGUCAACUCCGUUGCGGACAUCUACAAGAUGGUGGUGAACUAUGGUCCAGAAAAUAUGGUGGUAGAAGGGCAGUCAGAGGUUGAGAUCCAUGACCGCGUGGAGAUCAAGUGCGGAGUACAGUCUUUUCCCGAGUCCACCUACACUUGGAAGCUCAACGCCACCAAGCUGGAGACCACCAAGCCGAUAAUCGUCAUUGAGAACCCGAGGUUCCGUGACGGCGGCACCUACUCCUGCACUGCCCUGAACCCAAUCACCAACGUCACGACCACCGCCACACACAUACUCUACGUCAGAGAGGAGGGAGCACUGGAUGAAGGCUUGUCAGGUGGAGCCAUAGCUGGCAUCAUCAUCGGCGUGCUGAUCGCUCUGGCCAUUGUGAUUGGUGUGGUUAUGCACAUGAGAAAGAAGAAAGAGAUCCCAUCGCCAUACUAAGCACCGAAUGGAGGAGGGGAGGAGGAGGAGAGGGGGAGGUUGGGUCAGUAAAACACCCCAAAAAUCAGCUGUCUUCAUUUCUUCUCUUGCUGGGAAUCCCACGGGGCAACUUCAAGAACUUGCUCGUUGGGGUCGUAUAUCACAGGUGCCCUGACUUCCAUCCCAGCCAUCCCAGCCCCAGGGCAUGGCGUGUUCUUUCUCUUCCCCAAAAGAAAAACCUGCUGUCCCUCUCUCACACACCUGGUUCCAACCCCUGGCCCGUCUUGCUGGAGUCCCCACCCCCACUCUGUGCCUGACCCCACACUCACGCCCUCUCCUUGGAUGAAAACGAACCGACCACCUCUCCACCCCCACCUGAGGGGUAAGAGAUUCUGGAAUUUGAAGACUGAAUGAGAUGGGGUGGUGAAUGGGGAGGGGUCGGGCACUUCUCCUUAUCUGUGGGUUUCUGCUCCAGCUCAUUACCCCUCCUGCCCCAACCCAACUGACUCCUCUCUCCAUUGUGUCCCCCGUUCUCCUAAACUACAGUGGACCACUCCCUUUUGUCCACCUUCUGAAACCUUAAACCCUCCUGUUACCCCCAACCCCCUUAAAAAAAAAGUGGAUUGUCGUUCAUGUUUGUUUUUUCUAUUCUUUUCUUUUCUUUUCUUUUUUUGGAAGGGAGGACAACUCCUGAAGUAAACGAAACUUGGUCUGGAAUGAACCUGUAGGCUCUAGCCUAAAAAGGUUGACGCUCUCUGAGAUGAGCACAUUCCUGACACAACCACGGCCUUCAGGGACAACUGAGGCUAAUAAAGAAGGGACCAGAUAGCCCAGAGAAUGAAAUGAUAAAAAAAGUGUGAGAAAGCUGGCUUUGAAAAGUUCAUGUGCUAAAUGCUAGCAUUAAGCUGUCCUGAGGCAGAUGCACCUCACCCCCCAGGUAUGAGCUUAGCUUGCUCUUGGUGGGGCCUGAGCACGUGUCUCUGUAAAGCGCAGUCAUUGUUUGUGGUGCUGAAGAACAUUGAGUUAAAUUAAACAGAAAAGCAUCAAUAUCACUUGCAGUAUCGCCUCGUGUCUGUUUGAUCCCCAAGGACAGUGCUUUGUUUUUAAAAUUUAGUUUUUUUUUCUGCGGAUGUCCUGGCAGGGUGUAGAAUCUUAAGACCAACAUGUCUCAGCAGGCUGUGUGUGUGUGUGUUUGUGUGUGUGUGUGUGUGUGUGUGUGUGUGUGUGUGU